AUGGUGAAGCUUGCGUCGCCGUGGUGGGGUGGAUACGUUAGACAGAGGGGAGAGGCCGGGCAAGAAGUAGAGAAUGGGAAGGGGGUGGCCGUCGUAUUUGACGAGGAGGAUAGGAAGGAACGGCGGCGAGCGCGGAAGUGUGCCGGCCGUCGAGCUGCUUACCGAAAGGGGUGCGAAAAAGCGGGCAAGCUGCGCCGGAAGGGGGUAGCCCGGGCUUCUCGCGAAGGCCUCAAAAUUUCGGACGCGACGGCGGCCCUGGACCUACGUGCCCAGACGCAAGCCCAACCGGACUUUGGCUUGGACCAUCACCAGCAACAGCAGCAGCAACAACAGCAGCAACAACAACAACAACAGCAGCAGCAACAACAACAGCAGCAGCAACAGCAGCAGCAACAACAACAACAGCCGCAGCCGCCGCAGCAACAUCAGCAGCAGCAGGGCCAAAAUCCAGAGUCGCGUCCACACCAUCACCUUCAGCAACAUUACUUUCAUCAUCAUCAGCAUCACCCCGGGAAUCAUUUCCACUCUGGCGAUUCGGGGGGUGGGAUAGGAGGUGGAGGAGGUGGCGGUGGAGCCGGUGGAGGUGGCGGUGGACCCGGUGGAGGUGGCGGUGGCGGUGGCGGAAGUGGCGGCGGUGGAAGCGGCGGUGGUGUUGCUGGUGUUGCUGGAGGAGGAACGGCCGUAUACGAGGCGGACAGAUCCGCCAGGAUCAAGGCCGAGGACGACGAGGACAUCGGCAAGAGGGAGGACGAGGAGGAGGACGAGGAUCCUUGCAGCUCCCCGGAACUGGACCUCAAAACCGAGCCGGAACCAAUGGAGGUUCAGGCCUCGGCCGUCACCGCGGCGGCCGCGAAUCUUCACGCGUUGCGACAGCAUGUCUUCAAGAUGUCCGAUUACUGGCACCAACCGCAACGAGGCCCACCUCAGCAUUCCCCGGGGAUACAGCAUAGCCCUAUAUCGAACUCUACCCAACAACAGCAACACCAGCAGCAAGUGCCGCAGUUGCACAGUCCGCUCGGGCAGCAGCAACAGCAGCAACAGCAGCAACAACAACAGCAGCAGCAGACAAGCGUGUCGCAGAUGCAGCAAACAGCUAGCACGGGAUUAGGACAGACCGCUAGUCCGCAGCAACAGUUGCAACAUCAACAACAACAACAGCACGCGAUGUCUAUGAGCCAACAAACGGCUCAGGGAGCACAGCAUCAAUCAUCCCCGGCGCCGACCACGCCGUCCCCUCAGAUGGACCAUAAAAACGACAUCGCGUCCAGCAUGGCACAGAGCUUACACAAUUUCGCCCAAGCACAACAAACGAUGUCGCAGGCGUCGAGUCCGUCGCUAGCCGUACAAGCGGUCCAGGCCGCUCAGGCGGCCCAGGCGUUGAACCAGAACCUGGGACAGGCGCUGACACAAGCGCUGACGCAGAACAUGCAGCAGAAUCUUGGCCAGACAUUGCAGCACAAUCUCGCGCAAAGUAUGACGCCGAGUCUGUCGCCGCAGCAACAACAACAACUAUUGAACCAACCGCAGAACCUCAGCCAGGCUAGUCAGAAUCUACAACAGAACAUCCAGAGUCAGGCGCAGAACUUGUCGCAGACGUUGCAACAGCAAGCCCAGAACCUGACACAGAAUCUCAGCCAGAGUCUUGGCCAACAGGCGCUCCAACAACAAGCGCAAAAUCUGACGCAGAAUUUACAGCAACAGGCGCAGAACCUUACGCAAAAUCUACAGCAACAGGCGUUAAGUAUGGCGGGGGGCAGCAUCGCCCAGAACGGUGGCCUGGCCGGGAUGAACAUGUCGACCAACCAACAACAGAAUUCCCAGAACUCGAUGCUGAGUCCAGGCGGGACCAGCCAGGACUCGCACGAUGCCAGCCUGACGGAGAAGCUCGUCAACGAGUUGCAGUCUCGUGCCUCUGCGGCGGGACUUGGUGGUGCGGGAGGCGCCGGCGGUGGCGGAGGAAUGGGCAACAUCAGCGAGCGCACCCUCGAGGAAUGCUGGUCCACCCUGCAACGAUUCUUCUCGCAGAUCUUCAUGCACAAGAGCGCGAUGCAGAUGCACGCGAGGGAGCUGGGCGCGGUGGGCAGACCCGGUGGCGGAGUCGGUUUUGGACCGAUCGGCGUCGGACCAGGCGGCAUGAUCACCGGGAACGAGGUAAAGCCGCACCAGUGCCAGCAAUGCCUCAAGUCAUUCUCCAGCAACCACCAGCUCGUCCAGCACAUCAGGGUCCACACAGGCGAGAAACCGUACAAAUGCAGCUACUGCGACCGCAGGUUCAAGCAGCUCAGCCAUGUACAACAGCAUACCCGCCUGCAUACGGAUGAAUCCCGUCGAAGGAGGAAGGAAGUGGCGAGAGAAGACGGAGAGAGCGCGGGAGGGAAAAAGCCGUGCUGGAAACAAAAAGAAGGAGCUGGCCGAGGUGAACGACCGUACAAGUGCCAUUUACCGGAUUGCGGGCGGGCGUUCAUUCAGCUAUCGAAUUUGCAGCAGCACCUUCGGAACCACGACGCCCAAGUGGAACGGGCGAAGAACCGGCCGUUCCAUUGCAACAUCUGCGGCAAAGGCUUCGCCACAGAAUCCAGCCUUCGUACCCACACGUCGAAGUUGCAAUGUCCACAAAAAAUGAUACAAACACCACAAAAACCAGAAGAAAGUCAGGCAAAAAGUGCCCAGUAUUUUCCAAAAAUUCAAUCGGUACAAUCACCGCCUGCUCAAGUGUGUCGCUAA